AUGGAUGCCCCACAUUCGGGUGGUGCUCAGCUCGCCGGAGACGGUCGCCGCGAGAGCUUCGGCUCCCAGAAUUCCCAGACGGCAAAAGAGUUUAUCGAGUCCCAACUACAACUGGAGGCAGAUGCGCGUGAGGCUCUUCCAUAUGCCUUCGACUCCUGCACCUAUGAACUGGGCCCGUUGCGACAGAUACUCUUUGCUUGCCUUACCUGCAAUCCCCCUCCUGCCAACUCCGACGAAGCUUACACUGCCGCUGCCGUCUGCUACUCAUGCUCUAUUUCCUGCCAUGGCGAACACACUCUAGUCGAGCUCUUCAACAAGCGCAACUUUGUCUGCGACUGUGGAACCACCCGUUUCCCAUCAUCGUCCUGCUGCACGCUCCGUGAAGAUCCUGUUACCAGCAAGAAAGGUGUCCACUCCCAAGAGGCUGCCGCAGGCAACACCUACAACCAGAACUUCCGCAAUCAAUUUUGUGGCUGCGGUGAGCAGUACGAUGCGCAUUCAGAAAAAGGAACAAUGUUCCAGUGCCUGGGACUUGGCACCGUUGAGACUGGAGGAUGUGGUGAGGACUGGUGGCACCCAGAGUGUCUCAUUGGGUUGUCGCGCGAUUGGAACAAGACUGCCCCGAAGGCCGAUGUAAUCGGGGGUGGGGAUGCUUCCAAUGAUCCUUCUAAUGAUGCUAUCAAUGAUGUUCCGAUCGAGGAUGAAGAAGAUUUGCUCCCACCUGGGUUCCCCGCGGAGGACGAUUUCGACCACCUGAUCUGUUAUAAAUGCAUCGACUCAAAUGCGUGGAUCAAGCCUUAUGCGGGUACUCCUGGAUUCUUACCGCCAGUUUUUAAGGAAGGUGGCUUGAAAAUGGACUCAACUGCCACCCAGGAGCUCACUGCGUCAAUCACAGAGCCCAAGGAUGCCGAAUCUAAGGAGACCGACGCCAAUAACAAUGAACAGAAGGAACAAGAUAAGACCGAAGGCUCAAAGAAACGCAAGGCAGAUGACGAGGAAUCUCAUGAGGACCAACCAGCUACUAAGCGGACCAAGGAAGAAGAGGCCUUUGUCGGUGGACAACAACUCAAACCCGAAAACGAAACGGAGACUGCCAAGAAAGAAAAUGAUACUCUUAAAAAGCCAUCUGCUGCCAAGCACACCGAGCUUCCCAAGUCUACACCUGUUGAAUCGUUUUCUCUUUUCGCUCUGGGGGAUUUCCAUGGUCAGUUGUGUCGCUGUGCAGAGUGUUUCCCAAGGCUCGUACCCUACCCUCAGCUUCGCGAGGAAGAAGAGACCUAUGAACCUCCUAUGUCGGAUGAUGGCCAGGUGAACGGUGCCGCCAGUACUGGCACGGGUAGCAUUUACGACCGCGGCGAAGCGGCGCUGAACAACAUGGAUCGCGUGCGCGCCAUCGAAGGCGCAAUGGCCUACAAUCAUCUCCGUGACAAACUGAAGUUGUUCCUUCAGCCCUUCGCAGAGAGUGGGCAGGCUGUCAGUGCUGAAGAUGUCAAGGGCUACUUUGAGAAGCUGCGUGGUGACGACCAGGGAAUCAAAGAUGCAGCCGACCAUGCUUCUGCUGCAGGCCGUAAUGGCAAAGAUGAUACUGAUGGGGAUAAGUGA